AUGACGCGAGCUCCGACGCAGCUAAUGCUAGAAGACCACAAUUCGAAGCGCGAGGCAAAUCCUCUACAGAACUUAGGAUUGAUGUCACUAGUAGCACCGGGAGAUAUUGUUCUAGGACCACCUAAAACCGCUUUUGCCUCUGCCUCUGGGCGCAACGGUCAACGAUCAGCACUAUCCAGUCACGACGAAGACGCAUCCUCCAAGAAUCGAAAUGGACAACGAGAAGGAUAUAGACUAGAGCUGCAAGGACACGAGCGAGAGGAGGGGAAUUCUCGUGAGGGGAGGAAUGGACAGAUUAGCAAUAGACGGAGUGUGAAAGAUGAUCCCGAAAUGUGGGCCAAUGCCCGACAGCCCCGAAAACCUGACGAAGAAGAAAAGGAGAAGCCUCGCAAGAGAAAUGAUGAGUGGGAUAACAACCGAACGAAAGAUCCUAGGAAUGAAAGACGAGAGCGAGGAAUUGAUGCCAACGGAGAAAACGAAGACUCGUCUCGCUCUGAGCGACGAAACGGGACCUCUCGAAGCCACGAAAUGCCGCUCUGGGGUCGAGACGCUAAGCAAACGGAGAAAGUGGAUGGCUUUUCGGAACGAAGCAAUCUCAGAGGUCCUGUUGCCAGGGGAAAACGUGGACUGCGUGAGCAGAGCCAUGGCUGGGGUCGAGGCGCUGCUGCAGAUGAAGACCCGCUGUGGCUGGGUGAAGAUGAGACAACAGAGGAGAAGAAGCCUCCACCAACUCAAGAGGAUUUUGAGGAGUUCAGAGCCCAGAUGAAAGCGCGCAAUUCGAAGGACGCAGCCCCAGCCAAGGCCGACCAUGGAUCUCAAAGUUUGCCUCGCGAUAUCGGAAAUGGGACCAGUCCUUCACACAAGAAACAAUCCGAAACGUUCGAUUUCAGCAAUUUCCACGACACGUUUUACGACAUACUUAGCCAGCCUAAGAAACAUCAUGAGGCACUCGCAGAAGAGUCGCGGCAGGACUUGAUGCACGCAGCUGCUAAGCUAGCAAAACCGUCCAAAUUUACGAGUCUAUUUAGUGCCAAUCCUGCCGUCAAGCCGCCAAUUAUACCAGCUAUCGAAGAUCCUGCCAGCGAAGAUAAAGCUGGCUUCCAACGGAUACUCAAGCUGCUUGACCAGCAGCAGCAACCAAUCAUGGGAGAGCAGACGCCACCACGGGCAGCCACCAGACAGAACUCGCUCGCAUCUCCGCCUGUCCAGUCACCUCCAGCCAAACCACAGCAAGAUGAAGUGCGUUCACCGCCUCCAGAGCAUACAGCAAAGCCACAAGACAGAGAGUUCUUACUCAACCUCAUGCGUCGGCCAAUGCAAAACUUUCCAGAGCACUCCCGAUCGAACAUCAAUGCGCAUCGAGUCCAAGAAAAUCAAUCAAUUACGUCGCCGUUCGCCAAUCUUGCAAUGUCCCCUCCUCAGGAGGCGCCUCAUCAACAACCAUCUUCGGGGCCGCCUCCAGGAUUCUUCGACGAAAGCUUCAGGCAAGAAAUGCCACCACGCGACAAGCUGAACCCGACUGCUGGGCUCCAACGAGCAGCUCCUCCAGGCCUCUUUGACCAAUUCAAUCAGCCACAACGACCUCCGCCCUCAACUCUACCACCUGGGCUUGAACGACGUCCCCCUGGCUUCGACCACCUGCCCUCCGGAUACGGCCAGCAUUCGUCACAAAGACAAGGUAUGCCUCCGCCCCCGGGCUUUCCACCCCCGCAGCGAGGGUCCGGCAGUAUGGGACCUGGAAUGUUUCCCUCGCGACCAAAUGGAGUCGGUAUGCCCCCACCGCCUGGCUUCAUGAACAUGGGCGGACCGCCGCCUCCAGGAUUCAUGGGAUACGGUCAUGAAGGGCCCGGCCUUGGUGGAGGCGGGUUCGAGCUUGGGCAAGGGUUUCUUCCACCUGGGCAUGCGCGCAGGUGA